GUCAUUCAUUCUUCCAUAGAGCAAAUCAAAUAAAGAAAAAAAAUAAAGAGAGACAAAAGAAAGUGAGAAUAUGGCAUUAGCAACUCCUACAUUGCGUUUUACUACAAUUACUAUCCUUCUUAUAGCUUCAAUUUUUGCCUUUGGCAACGACAACUUCAUGGCUUACGGGCAAUGCGAAGGGGAUAUUUCGGGUUUAAUUAGCCAAUGUGCUAUGUAUGUGAGGAAGGCGGGGCCGAAAACCCCGCCCUCCUCACAAUGUUGUGCCUUAGCCAAAAAAGCUAAUAUUCCAUGCUUAUGCAAGUAUGUUACUAAGGAUAUUGAGCAAUAUGUUAGUGUUGAGAAGGCUGUCUAUGUUGCUCAAUAUUGUGGUAUUAAUUUUAAGCAUGGCUCUAAAUGUGGAAGUUACACAAUUCCAUGAGCACGUCGAUGACAAUUAUGCCACCGAAUACAAUACAAUACAAUAAGCAAAUGUUUAAAUUAUGUUAUGUAUGCACUACAAAUAAUAGCUAAGUUAGUUACGAGCAUAUUGAGUACGUUGUGGAGCAGUGGUAUCGUUUUCACCUUAUAUUUCACCAAAAUAUAGAAUAAAUUUAGCCUGGAUUGUGUGCACGGAUCUACUUAAUGCAUACUUGA